AUGGCUGAUGAAGAUCCAUUUGACAUUUAUGGCGAUGAUACGUUCUUGGGUACCGACGAGAAUCACGAUGAUCUGUAUGAAGAAAACCUAGGCGAUGAAGAUGGUAAUCGUCCGGCUAAACGUCGGCGAGAGGGCCAUUAUGUUGGUUCUUCCGAUAAGCCCGACGAUCUUGAAAUAAACGAAGACGAUCUGUUUGCUGACUUUGGAGAAGUUGAAAAGGAAAUGGGUGGAAUAGUGAAUAGUGCUAAGUCAUGCUACUUUGAGAAGGAGUUGGCGGACAGUAAGAUCAUGAGGAGAAGAUUAGUUGCACAAUACGAGAAACGUCUUUGCAGACGUCCUCGUAUUGUGGAGAGAUAUACUUCGGUGGGAAGUAACUCAGAUCAACAGAUAUUUGUUGUAUUCGUGGAUAUAUUUAUGAAGACGGAAGAAGAGAAAAGAACGAAUGGUCACGAAGAGACACAAGAAGACACAACAUACGAAUCCCGGGAGAAAUCAUCGAAUACACAGCGAUCGCCAAGCCCACAGCCAGAGAAGAAGCCAGUUGUGAACGCUACAAAUGCCUUGUAUAUUGGUGAACUUAAUUGGUGGACAACUGAUGAAGAUCUUCGACAAGUUGCGCGCGAUGCUGGAGUCACAUCAGAGUUGAAGGAGAUCACAUUCUAUGAGCAUAAAGUCAAUGGCAAAUCACGAGGUGUCGCAUACGUAGAGUUCACUUCGUCAGAAGCUGCAGCAUUGGUAAAGGCCCGAUUGGAAAUGACAGAGAUUACGGAUAAGAAAGUUCUUGUCAACUUUACCAGCUCUGCAAACGGAAAUCCAUUCAAGACAGUACCUAAAGAACCUCCAUCCAAAUCCGCCCGCCAACAACAGUCGUCGCAUCGUUCAACACCACCUACAAGUACAUCGAACCAAUCCGCAACAUCAAAUCCACUAAUUCGUCCGCCUAUCAUACGUCCUAAUUUCGAUUUCCAUCGAGGCAAUGCCUUCAGAGGUAACCCAAUCCCGGCUGGUCCGCGAGAUUUUUUUGCGCCACCCAUGGGUCCAUAUGCUGCAUUUCCUGGUCGCGCAGCAGGAUAUAUGAAUGGUUUUGGAACAGAUGGGUCUUUUGCGAUGAAUCCCCUAUUAAGAGGAGGAAUGAUGGGGAUGCGUGGUGGGCAAGGAGUGGUUAGAAGAAAUAUGAUGGGAGGUCCUCAUCAACCUGGAUAUCCGGCUCCGCAUUUUAAUCCUGCCUUCUUUGAUCAAGGAUUUGUGAAUGAGGACGUGCCGGUUGCACCGCGUGGCCAAAGAGGUUAUGAAGGCGGGGGCCAUGGAAUGAAAAGACAACGGGAAGAUGAAGAUGGACGAGGUUAG